AUGAUGGAAAAAAUAAAUGAAGAGCAGAAACUUCUGGAUAUAUUUAUAAAAUUAAUAAAAUUAGAAAAUAUAUACGAAUUAAUAGAAAAUAAAUUAUGUUAUGAGUAUUUAAAUAAGGAUGAAUUGAUUGAGAAAGGAAUUUUAUUAAAUAAUUUAACCAUAAAGGGUAUAACAAAAUAUGAUGAAAAAAAUAAUUCAUAUAUUUUGAAAUUAGUAAAGAAGAAAAAACAUAUAGAUACAAAUGAUCUGAGUGAUGACGAAAAUUUGGAUAAUUUCCCUCAGCAUAUGUUUAGUAAAGGUAGUAUAGUACAUUUUGCUAGAAAGAGGAAGAAAUAUAUUUUAGGUUCAAGAAACGACCAGACUUUGUCUUACCAUAUAAAUGACAAUAAUAAAAAAAAUUGUGAUGAUAAAAAUAAUACAAAGAAUAAUAUAAAUAAUACCUCAAUUAUUAAUGAUGUUGUAAACAUUUAUGUAUGUUCUGUACAUAAAAUAAAAAAAAAUCAAAUAAGUUUAAUACUACGAAAUUCAACAGAAUUAUGUAAAGAAUUAAAUGUAAGUAAUAUGUUUAUGUUAUGUGAUAAAGGGUAUUUUGAUGUGUGCUUAGUGAGUAGUGAUAUAUCUGCACAAAGACAAAUAAAUGCUAUAAAUAUUAUGAAAAGUAAUUUGGAUAAUGAAUCUGACAUUUUAAAAAUUUUGUUUUUUAACAAAUCACCAUCUCAGAGUUCGAUACUCAAAAGGAUUAUUAAUAUAUUUGACGAGUAUGACAAAUCUGAAUCGAAAGAUUAUAAUGAUGUGUAUGAUAAUAUAAAUAACAACAUAUGUAACAAUAUAAUUGAUAAUGUGGGUGAUAAUAAUAAUAAUAAUUAUUUUAAUCCAUGUUGUUGUGAUAAAAAUUUAGAAAAGGAUAUUCAUACAAAGAAGGAAGAUGCCGUGGAAGAAGAAAAGAAUAUGAACACUUAUUUUAAGUCGACACAUUUGUGUACACAUAAUAAUAUUAAACUAAGCAAUGAUGUUUUAAAUAAUUAUAUUUACAAAUGUGAUAAAAUAAACUGGGGUAUAAAAAAUUUAAAUAUUAAUCAAAAGAAAGCUGUUUAUUCUUGUAUUUUUUCAAAUGACAUAUUUUGUAUCCAUGGACCUCCUGGUACAGGAAAAACGACGGUGUUAUGUGAAUUAAUUUAUCAGCUAAUUCAAAGGAAUUAUAAAAUAUUAGUAACAGGUCCUAGCAAUGUAAGUGUUGAUAAUAUCUUAAGAAAAUGUGUUGAAGAUUUGAAUAUUAAGAAUGUUGUUCGUAUAGGUAUAAAAUCUAAAGUUAAAAAAGAAUUACAUAAUUAUUGUUAUGAUGAGAAGAUUAAAGAAUGUGAUAGUUAUAAAUUAUGUGAAGAUAUUGAUAAUGAAAUUGAAAAAUUAAAAUUAGAAAUUAAUAAAUUAAAAAAUAAAAAAAAAAGUGAUAAUAAAAUAUUUAUUGAUAAAAAACAAAUAUAUAAUUUAAAAUGUGAAAUAAAAAAUUUAAAUAAAACUAGGAAAAAAAAAAGAAAUAUUUUCUUUAAAGAUUUAAUAAAUAAAAAUAAUGUUAUCUUCUCAACAUGUUCAAGUACUUCUAAUUAUGAAUUAAAUAAAUUUGUUAAAUUUUCAAAUUUCUUAUUCGAUGCUGUAUGUAUAGAUGAAUGUUGUCAAUGUACUGAACCAUUAUGUUAUAUUCCUAUUUCAUUAUCAAAAAAAAAUGUAUUUUUAUUUGGUGACCAUAAACAAUUAUCCCCAUUAAUCAAAUAUAAUAAACAUAAAAAUAAAUUAAAUAUUACCUUAUUCGAAAGAUUAAUUAAUAAACAUAAACAAAAUAUAUCUUUCUUGUUAAAUACUCAAUAUCGUAUGAAUAAUUUAAUAUUGUUAUGGUCCAAUAAAAUAUUCUAUGAGCAAAAAUUAGUAUCGCACGAGUCAUGUAAGGAAAUUACCGUGGAUGAGCUUUUUUCAUCAAAUCGACCAAAUCAAAAGGAACAUAUAAAAUCAAAGGUUAAUAAGGAUAAUAAGGAAAAUAAGGAAAAUAAAGAAAAUAGGGACAAUGACAAAAAAAAUAAAAAUAAUAAUAAUAAAAAAAAUUAUAAUAAUAGCAAGAAAAAAAAAAAUGCUAACAAUAAAGGCACAAAUAAAAACCAUGAACAAGAAAUCGACAAUCAUAUUUAUAACCAAACAAAUGAUAUUAUUCAAAAUUAUGAUUAUUGUCCAAUUACUUGGAUUGAAACAGACGGAUUUGAUGAAUUUUUGGAGGACAUCGAUGAUAUUGAUUUAAUGAAUAUGGAAUCCAAAAAUGUAGAUAUAAAUGAAAAGAAAAAUGGUAAUUCGAAAGAUCUAAAAAUUAAAGAAAAGAAUGAUGUCGAUCAAAUAAAAUGUAAUGAUAAUAAUAAAAAUAAUGAUAAUGACAUAAUUAAUAAAAGAUCAAGUGAGGAAGAGAGAAAAAAAAGGAAGGAAUCCCAAAAGGAUCAUAUAAAUAAUGAUUUAUCUGAAGACUCAGAUGAUUAUAAUAACAAUAUGUUAACCAAACUAAACGAUGAAGAAUUAAUGAAGAUGGUAAAAAUAGAUGUAGAUGAUAUUCUAAACUUAAAUAACAAAUCAAGGAGUAAUAAAGGAGAAGCAUAUGUUAUAUAUAAAAUAAUAGAAAAAAUGAUUAAAAUAGAUAAUAUUAAUAGUAAUAAUAUAUGUAUUAUUACACCAUAUUCGAAACAAACUAAUUUAUUAAGAAAUAUUUUUUAUGAUAAUAUAUAUAAUGAUCAACAUUAUUUAAGUACAUAUAAAAAUAUUGAAAUAUCUACAGUAGAUUCUUUUCAAGGUAGAGAAAAAGAAAUUGUAGUCUUUUCAUUAGUGUGUUCAAACUACUUUAAAAAUAUUGGUUUCUUAAAAGAUUACAGAAGAUUAAAUGUAGCAGUAACAAGAGCAAAGAGACAUCUUGUCAUUGUAGGAAAUUCAAACACUAUAUCAAAUGAUGAUGUAUUAAACCAGUUAUAUGAAACCGUUUUGGAAAAUGGGAAGGUUUAUUUGGUAAAUGAGUUGAUAGAUGUGGAAGCAGUUAUAUUAAACACAUAA